UCCGUCGGAGAUGUGCAGCCGCAGGAUAACUCUGAUAGUGAAAGAAAGAUUGGUCGAGGAAGGCCACUAUUGGAAGACUGUGCCCAAUGAAACCAAGGAGUUUUAUUGGCAGGAAUUCAAGAAAUACUUUCUAUGGGACCAAGCAAUUGACAGCUUGGUAAAAAUUGCCUGGCAGAAAAAGGCAGCUGAGCGAUACAGGGGCUUAAUGUGGGAAAUCCGGAAAGGAAAGGCGAAGAAUCUUGCAACCCCUGAUUAUGUUUUGAGGAAGUGGCAGGAAACUUGGAACACUUCUGAAUACAAAGAGAAGUGUGAGAAGUUUUCUGCCAAUAGGCGCAGUGAGGCUGGAGGUUCAGGAUCUGGCAUUUCCAGGCACGCAUGCGGUUCUGUUUCACAGUACACCCACCAGCGGAGGAUGAGGGAAAGACUAGGCAGAGAACCACAUCCUCAUGAGCUUUUUGAGGCCACACAUAAGAGAAAGGGGACGGAGGAGUUUGUUGAUGCGAGAUCAAAAGCUAUUUAUGAUAAAUACGUACAGCUGAAGGAGGCUGCUACACAUCAACAGGAGGGAAGCAAUGAGCCAACGCCCAUAAAUGAGGCCCAACUGUACUACGAAGCGGUUGGCGGACAGAAAAAGAGUCGAGUUUAUGGGUUAGGGUCCCAGGCCUCAGCAUAUUUUCAUGAGCCAUCUCAUUGUUCUGCAUCAUACACGUCUGCACCCUCAGUGGAUCCUCCUACAAUUGAAACAAUGAACAGGAUGCAGAAUAAAAUUGAUCGGCUAGAGACAGAGAAUAGUCGAAUUACCACAAGGUUGGAUGAGUUGCAGACAUUUAUGCAUAGGAUGAUGGCACAACAGGGUAUUGGGACAUCCACUCAGACAUCUGGUCCUACGGCACCUCCAGCUCCGUCUCCACAGCAGCGGCGUGAUGAUGCUCCUGUCAUUGGUGAUCAUCAUACAGAUAGUGAUGAUGAUACAGAUAAUGAGCUAGCUAGUUUAGUUUAG